AUGCUGCAUCUGCAGAGCCCUCUCUCAGACACAGUCCUCCCACUGCAGAGCCCUCCCUCGGACACAGUCCUCCCACCGCAGAGCCCUCCCUCGGACACAGUCCUCCCACUGCAGAGCCCUCCCUCGGACACAGUCCUCCCACCGCAGAGCCCUCCCUCGGACACAGUCCUCCCACUGCAGAGCCCUCCCUCGGACACAGUCCUCCCACUGCAGAGCCCUCCCUCGGACACAGUCCUCCCACCGCAGAGCCCUCCCUCGUACACAGUCCUCCCACUGCAGAGCCCUCUCUCAGACACAGUCCUCCCACUGCAGAGCCCUCCCUCGGACACAGUCCUCCCACUUCAGAGCCCUCCCUCGGACACAGUCCUCCACUGCAGAGCCCUCCCUCGGACACAGUCCUCCCACUGCAGAGCCCUCCCUCGGACACAGUCCUCCACUGCAGAGCCCUCCCUCGGACACAGUCCUCCACUGCAGAGCCCUCCCUCGGACACAGUCCUCCCACUUCAGAGCCCUCCCUCGGACACAGUCCCCCCACUGCAGAGCCCUCCCUCGGACACAGUCCUCCCACUGCAGAGCCCUCCCUCGGACACAGUCCUCCACUGCAGAGCCCUCUCUCAGACACAGUCCUCCCACUGCAGAGCCCUCCCUCGGACACAGUCCUCCACUGCAGAGCCCUCCCUCGGACACAGUCCUCCCACUGCAGAGCCCUCCCUCGUACACAGUCCCCCCACUGCAGAGCCCUCCCUCGGACACAGUCCUCCCACUGUACAGCCCUCCCUUGGACACAGUCCCCCACUGCAGAGCCCUCCCUCAGACACAGUCCUCCCACUGUACAGCCCUCCCUCUGAUGCAGUCCUCCCACUGCAGAGCCCUCCCUCGGACACAGUCCUCCCACUGCAGAGCCCUCCCUCGGACACAGUCCUCCCACUGUACAGCCCUCCCUCUGAUGCAGUCCUCCCACUGCAGAGCCCUCCCUCUGAUGCAGUCCUCCCCACUGUCCCUGGCUAA